AUGAGUAGCAUUACUAGAACAAAAAGUUACAUUACUGCAAAUACUGGUGAAGGAGAUUCCAUAAAUUACGAAGUUUCCAACGAAAUAACGAAUGAAGUUGUCUCUCCAUUCCACGAUAUCCCAUUAAAGACUCCAGUAGAUGAUAUUUUCAACAUGGUUGUUGAAAUCCCACGUUGGACUAACGCUAAAUUCGAAAUCUCAAAGGCAGCUGCAUGGAACCCAAUCGUCCAAGAUACUACCAGUGACAAAAAAUUAAGAUACGUUAAAAAUUGUUUCCCUUACCAUGGUUACAUUCACAACUAUGGUGCCUUCCCACAAACUUGGGAAGAUCCAAAAAAAAAAAUUGAUGGAGGAGAUAUCAUCUCAAAUGAUAAAAUCGAUCGAAAAGCUGAUCCUGAAAAGGAGGCCGGUGGUGACAACGAUCCAUUAGAUGUCUUGGAAAUCGGUAGUACUGUCGCUUCCACUGGCCAAGUCAAGCAAGUUAAAGUCCUUGGUGCGCUGGCUUUGCUAGACGAAGGUGAAAUUGAUUGGAAAAUUAUAGCUAUUGACGUCAAGGAUCCAUUACAUAAAGAAUUGAACGAUAUUGGAGAUGUUGAAAAAUACUGUCCAGGUUUAUUGAAAGCUACCAAAGAAUGGUUCAGAAUUUACAAAAUUCCAGAUGGUAAACCAGAAAACAAAUUCGCUUUAUUCGGUAAACCUCAGAAUAAGCGACACGCUUUAAAAAUCAUCGAAGAUGCUCACGGUUAUUGGGAAACCUUGUUCGAGCAAAGGCCUCCACCCGAGGCUAUCUCUUUGGUAUCUCAAAAAAGUAAAAAUGAACAGCCUCCGGAAUCUGAUACGCAAACAGAAGCGAAAGCUCCUUCAAGUGAGGAUUUCAAUCCCAAAUGGUACUUCACUGGUUCUGCUGAAGAAGAAAAAAAGUUUAAUUUCAAUAGAUAUAAUAUCUACGUAUAG